AUGGCGGACCUGGCACACAUCAACCAGGCCCCACCAUUGCCAAAACCUCCUGGCCAUGAUGAUCGGCCUGAAAAGCCAAAGGCAACUGCGGCACGGGGCACCCACCGUCGGAGGGUGUCCUUUUCCAACCACCCAACCAUGCUAGAGAAGCCACGGGAACGCCGUGGCCGAUCAUGUUGUUGUAUAUGUUGUGCGUUGACGUGGAUCCUCAUUCUCUCUCUCCUCCUUGUGGCAGCCGUCGGGGUAGGUUUAUUAUACCUGUGGUUUGAACCAACAGCACCGGGGUUUCGCAUCGAGAGGCUGAGCGUCCCGCAACUAGAUUUAAUGGAGGAUUCGGACCAGAUGCACCUUACAGCUGAGGUGAACUUAUCCAUUGUGGUUUCUAACAAGAAUGACGAGAUGAGGUUCUCGUAUGAUAAUAUCGUGGUGUUCGUGUCGUCUGAAGGUGUGAUCAUGGGCCGCACCACCGUGCCCAAGUUCGCUCUGGGACCGAAGAAUGUAUCAAUAGUGAAGGUAUACACCCGACUAUCGAAUUCGUUGGUGGAUAAUGCGGAGGCGGAGAGGUUGAGAGCGGGAUUCGAGAGGAAGGAUCUGGUUCUGGAGGUGACCGUGGACUGCAUGAUGAGCGUCAUGGUUGGAAAUUGGCGGUCCAUUGGCGUUCCGACCACGAUACUAUGCGAGAACCUCCAGUGGGCCAGGAUUGGACACCGGUUCGAGCCCAGAUGCAGGGUCAUUGUUUUGGGAUUGUAAGGCCAUUGCAACCUUAUUUCUCCUCUCAUUUCUGCACCUUGCUGACUCACUGGUUGGUGUAGAGUGGGUUGCCGACAAUUUCAU